AUGGCGAACUGCAAGCCCAUUGCCACACCUGUAGACACCAAGUCGAAGCCCUCGUCCUCUGAUGGCGCACUCCUCACUGACGCCACCACCUACCGCAGCAUCGCCGGGGCACUCCAGUACCUCACAAUCUCACGGCCCGACAUCGCCUAUGCCGUGCAACAAGUUUGCCUUCACAUGCACGCACCACGGGACGUGCAUCAGGCGAUGCUCAAGCGGAUCCUCUGGUACAUCAAGGGGACGUUGCGCAUGGGCAUUCAGCUACGCGCUGCUCUCUCACCAACGAUCACUGUCUACUCCGACGCGGACUGGGCCGGCUGCCCAGACACUCGGUGCUCGAUGUCCGUAUUCUGUGUCUUCCUCGGCGACUCCCUCAUCUCGUGGUCCUCCAAGCGCCAAACAACGGUCUCGCAGUCCAGCGCUGAAGCCGAAUAUCGAGCCAUCGCCAAUGCCGUCGCCGAGUGUUCUUUGCUGUGA